CAGGUAGAUUGUCUAUUCGACUGGUAACUGUAGUCUCUCACGUAAACUUACAUGCCGUUAUCCGUCAUGAUUCAAGGCUUAUUGGUUUGUAGACGUUGAUGUGACGGAGAACAACAGCCAGAUGGUGAUAAGCGGCUAUGGAACGGGAGGUGCCAAGCCAAGUCCUCAACACGAAAGGAUGAACUCCGACCCAUGCGAGCCAAAAAGUGCUGGCUGUGCGACAAAAGCCAUUGUUCGCCAGGCCAACGUGACUUGAAGAGGGUGAAGAGCCGAGGAGACUGCAGUGAUCAUUGCUUGGGAACACCGAAUGACGGGAAGGGCCAAGAUUAGCAGUUCUUCGUGUCAACUUAUAUGUGUCUUGUUGGGUUCUUUUGCCGUCCUUUUGUCGCCAUCGAGCCUGACUGUCUGCCUCGGGCCCUGCGCCUCUUUUGACUCCCGUCUCCGUCUGCGACGCUACGAAGAGGAAAGGCUCAAGCCAUCUGUGGCUUGGGCUCACCUGCAGUCAACAACUCAAACUCAAUCCUCACACAGGUCGCCGCUGUUUGAGAUCCCAAACCUCGGGGCGAUCACGAGAACCUAGCACCACAGCGCUUCGCGCUUCAUUUUGCCAUUCUUCAACCAUCUGCUGGUGUGUUACAGAAGCACCCGACAGCAUCUGACGACAGCACCUCGCAACUUGCCCAGUGACAAGGCCCAGGGUUGACUGUGACCUUGCCAGAGCCAGAGGACUCCACCUCCACACACCCACACGCCGCCCGGCGAACAGGCACAAGGCACGCAGGCCUUGUAACGGCGUCUUACCUCUUGCAUCCACUUUGCCGACCCACGACCCAGGGCAUCGAUCCACUGUUCACGAGGGACCCGAACCAUGUCUUGAUAACUUCGUCGACGCCUCCAACCGUCGCCGAUAAUCGAUAUUCGAGCGCCGUGCUUUGUAGCGCACAUAUGCGGAGGCCGGUUCCACGCGGUUGAAUCUUACGAUUGACUCUUGAGCUCCAUAUACCCUAUCUACAUUGCCCCUGGCCCGUUCGCCUUUCAGAUCCUACACUGAACCUUCCAGGUUGCCGUCGUUUGACCAGGUCACCCUCGCGAAGGUGUCCACUUGUAUCGAAACCGCUCGGUAGUACUCUGCGCGCGAGAGGACGAGGUAUCGCCGCGCCUACCUUUUCUCUCUCUCAGCCUUUGCGCUCUCUCCAGUGUCAGAAAUAUCUCCCAGCCGGCGCUUGUCUCUACAAUCAUCACCAUGUCAUUCCGCGGGGACGAGUCGCGCCGCUAUGGCCAUGUGCCCCCCGCGCAGUAUCCUGUUGCCGGCGGUGCGCAACAACAGCCGGCAGGAUACCCUCAACGACAACCGAGCUUCAAUAACGGGGACGACUCGAGUUUCUUCGAUCAGGAUGUGGCCGCUCCCAGACCUCAGCCCCUCUACAUCGGUAACAACAAUGUGGGGAGGGGUGAAGACGAGCUUUUCAUAACGAGUCCGACGGUAGAUUCUCAACCACCGCCUCCGCCGCCGCCGUCGAACCGAGCAAGCUACAUGCCACCUCCUCCGCUGACCCCCAACACUACCUAUCAACGACAGUUCCAGGGCAACGUCCCGCCUCCACCCCCAUCACAUUCUACGUAUAAUCCCCAGCAUUUUGCUCGAUCGCAAUCCACCUCACUUCCAUACCACCCAUCACCAGCGGCGAACCGAUAUACGCCCACAGCGAGCCCAACUUACAACGCGCCCCCUCAGAACUUCACUCCCCAAGCGUACAACCCAGCUGCGUAUGCGAAUGCCACUGCUGUGGUUCCGCAAAGGCACUCUACCGUUGCAGGGUACAAUAACAACAACUAUGGUUAUAAUUACAAUUCAGCCACGGUCCCUCAUGUGUCUGCGGCCUAUGUUCCUCCUCCGCCCUCAGGUUAUGGGGGGGCUCAACAGCCCUCGGCCACUACUUCUCCGGCGCUUCCAAACUCUUCUUUUGAGCCAACACUUCACAGUCCGCAGUAUGCCCAACAAGCACCAACUCCAUCAUCCGUUAGCUCUCCCCGUGAAUCACAGUACCCGGCAAAUUAUGGCGGACAGCAAUACUCCAAUUCUUAUGCUACCAAUGGAGCCAACAUCCCACAGAGCCCUGGGCUCUCUGCCUCGAGCUCACAAGCACCUUAUCCAACGCAUUCCCAGAUUCCAGUUGGUCCAGGAUACUCUCCAGAUCCCACCUCUUUUGCCAACCGGGCCUCUCGAUCUAACUCGCACACAUCGCCAAUACCUUCACCCCCAAAUCAUGGGUAUCAAAACUCUCUGAUAUCCCGCCACCCAACAAAUGCUCCUCUUCCCAACCGCCCAUUGGACGACUUGACGGAGGGAGCAAGUUGGAGAGCGAACGGACGAAGUAAUAGCGACACGCGGUUUACUCAGGACAGCUUGAUCCAGGAUAUUGUUUCUGACCUUGGGAUUCCUUCCCGUGGACAGCGGCCCUUGCCCGUUAAUGGCGCUUUGUCUGACAAUAACUUGGACAUGGUGCGGCGUUAUGGCUCUAAUGCGUCUGGCACUACGAUGCAAACUGCGACGAACUCGCUGUUGAAUCGACACCCAUCCGAUGCCUCCUCUGCUCUGACUAGUAAUAAUGAUAUCUCGACGACAUAUAACUGGGACUCCGAGGAAAGCGACCCUGAGGGCGCCGCGGGGCUCCAGGCUAUGCAAGAUGAUCUUGACGACCGAAGGUUUGGCGGAAUGUCUUUCCCUGGAUAUCCUGAUUACAAACCCUCGUCUUCGUCUGCACCUUCAGCAGGCACGCCAAUCCCUGCUCCGUUGGGAUCUCAGCUUUCUACGCCUGCGGAGGAGCAGCCUAGCACUGAUAGCGACUAUGGUGGAAUGGAUCUAGGAAUGUAUGGCGGCGGCUAUGCUGGGAAUCUUCAUUAUGGAAACGAUAUCAACUCGCCGCCAGCUACAGCUCAUGACGGACCACGACCGCUCCCAGUUCCGGGACAAGUCCCUGAUUAUGCACCCUUUUCCGAAGCAUCGGUAGACUAUGGCGGUACUGGUGGUCUCCAACAGCCCCAGGUCCACCGUCUGAGCUUUGAUGAGGGUGAUGAAAGGGUGUCACUUCACUCGCGGCAGAGCAGUGACUCCCCUUCCAAAGAGGAGUAUCCGUACGAUCAGAUGUUUUGGCACCCUGGCCUGUCUAACCGACCUCUGCCUGCCAUCCCUCCAAGUCUAGAAGGACGACACAGUGGCUCCCACCUUGCCCCAGAUCUGGUAAACAGAGCCGGUUAUCAGCACAAUCAUUCUCUGAGUGCAGACUCUCGACUUCCUUAUCCACCUGAUAACCACGAGAUGUAUCCAGGUCAACAUGCGAUCCAGCAACAACAAGUUGAAAGGUCGAUAUCUUUGUCGAGUCACAGCAAUACCCCUCCAGUGGUGGCACCUGCAAGGUCUAGGACAGAUGCCGCCGAGGAGCGGAGGCGCGCGCAGAAGCAGAUGUCGCAACAACACCAGCUUCCCUACCCACAAGGCGCCGCAUAUGAAGGCUAUGAGACGGGUACUCCAUCUUCCAUGGCUGGCUAUGAUAUGAUCACCCUGCCCACUGGAAGACGGAAGAAAUUUGUUCCUUCGAAGCUUAAUGCCGCCGAUAUUAAGCGGUGUGCAGAGCCAUGGGCUCUUAGUGGCAUAACUGCCUGGAUCCGCGAGAUGGCUGAGGGCGAGCCAGAUCUGAAAAGGAAGACCAUCGAAGAGGGCGUUCUUAAGCUUUUCUGUGCUAAAGUUCCGACCAUGAAUGUCGCCGACGCUGAGCUUCUGAGCGCCAACGUCGUCGAAUCCAUGUUUGCCGCUGGAAUCCUUAUACCCGAGGAAGAAUGGGUCAAGUUCGGCAAAGGUCAACUGUCCGGUGUGCUGUGGCAACUUACUGGCUCUGGGUGCUACGCUCCAAAGCUGCAUGAAGAUGAGGGCAUGGUCCCCAGGUUGCAUGGAGAUGGCAUUCCUGUGAGAUGCUACUCCCAGCAUUGCGGCCGGACGCUUAAGAAGGUGAACCUGGACAACAUGAUGUCCGAGGACGACACGCCCACCCUUGACUGGGCCACUUUCCAUGGCGUGACCAUGGAAGACAUCAAAUCUAAGCACAAGAAGGAAGUCGAGAGACAGAACGUUCUGCACGAAAUUGUCACGGGCGAGGAAGACUUCAUGAACCAGCUCGAUGUUCUCCGGCUGCUUUACAGGGAUCAACUACGAGUCUACCAGCCACCGAUUAUCGCGGCAAACAGACUCGAGAAGUUCCUCGAGGCCGUGUUUGGAAAGGUCGAUGCCGUCCAGCAAAUCAACAAAGAACACCUCCUUUCUCAGCUCAAGUAUCGCCAACAGGAGCAAGGGCCGUGGAUUGUUGGCUUUAGUGAUCUGUUCAGGGAGUGGAUCAGAAAGGCCAGGCCGAUUUACAUCGAGUAUUGUUCAUCAUUCCCACACGCCACAUACUUGAUCAGGAGAGAGGCGAGCAGAAAUCUUUUGUUCCGCCAGUUCCUCGACGUGGUCAGAGAUCACAAGCGUUCGAAGCGUCUCGAAUGGACCACAUUCGUGAAGGCACCCAUCACCCGGCUACAACGAUACGGCCUUCUCUUGGAGACGGUCAAAAAGAACAUGCUUGGCGAAAGCGAGGAGAAGGCCAAUCUUGUCAAGGCUCUGGAGGAAAUCAAAGCAGUCACUCACGAAUGUGAUGAGAAGGUUGCUGAGAUGACGAAGAAGGUUGAGUUGAUUGAACUUCAGGGACAAUUAGUGCUGCGUCCAGGUUUCCAGUCAGUACUGAACCUCGACCAUCUCGGCCGAGAAUUACUCAAGCAGGGCGAGCUACAGAGACAGGGCUCAAAAGGCGUCCGUUGGGUUGAUACACACGCGUUUCUUUUUGAUCACUAUUUUAUCCUGGCCAAGGGUGUCGCCUCAAAGGAUGGGAGGGGUGACAAGAAGUAUGAUGUUUCAAAGGAGCCAAUUCCAAUGCCGCUGCUCUUCUUGGAGAGUUUGAAUGACGAUCCGGUUGCCAAACAAAAGAGCUUGACAGCACCGCUGACCAGAACAGCGGUCGCAGCUGGUUCGGGUACGCAACUGAAUAAGGUGGCCUCUAAUGGGGCAGAGCGUCCUGGGCUUGAGCAUGCCGGAACUAGUUCUUCCAUGGGAUCCAUGAGUACGGUUACUCGCCUAGGCUCUGGUGGCACAGACGACGGGAAGAUCAUCUACCCCUUCCGUAUCAAGCAUCUCGGUCACGAGAUCUACACCCUCUAUGCCUCGUCGGCCCAGGAAAGGGCGGCUUGGUGCUCAGCCAUUAUUGAAGCAAAGACCAGACACGCACGAGCAUUGCAUGCGCAGAAUGCGGAACCAUUCCGGCUGCGCAUCUUAUCUGAUGGUGCCUUCGCCUAUGAUUCUAUCUCACUUAUGGGCAGGCAACCGAGUGUAUCGAUUCGGGGUACUCCCUUGGAUCGAGCCAUCAGAGAGAUGGAGCAGGUGUAUGGCCCAGGUCGGGGACCUCCACCAGUCUGCAGAGCUACCGUGAACUGCGCCUGCGCCUUCACUGCUUUUGGCAAGUCGAUGAUCGCCAUUGGAACGGACUAUGGCGUGUACAUAUCGGAGUCAUCAAAUCCUCGCGGUUGGACGAGGACGGUGCAAAUCAGCAAAGUCACCCAAAUCACCGUCUUGGAAGACUUUUCGGUCUGUCUCCUCAUCGCCGACAGAUCGCUAAUUUCAUAUCCUCUCGACGUGGUUGCCCCCGUCUCCAAUUUCCCUGCACCAUCCCAUGACAACCCCCGCCGGGCACCUCAGCGGUUGGCCAAGGACGUCGCUUUCUUCGCCACGGCACGCAUGAAGGAUAGGACUCUCUUGUUUUACAAGCGCAAGGAGGGCAUGCACAACACGUUCAAGGUUCUCGAGCCGGUCUUCCAAAAGGCAACUGAGAAGAGAUCCCGGCUCUUUGGCGGCCGUAAGGGCGGCGCCGGCUCCACAGAAUCAUUCCGCGAUUUUGACGAGUUUUACAUCCCCGCCGAGUGCUUCUCUCUCAAUCUCUUCCAGUCCUACAUUGCUGUUGCCUCGGCCAAGGGCUUUGAGCUGUUGACCCUCGACAAGAAGGUUACGCAGUCGAUUCCUCGAGACCUGAGCGCGCCAGCGAUUGCCAACAUCGCCUCAAGAAUCAAUCAGAGACCGCUGGGCAUGUUCAAGCUCAACGACCAAGAGUUCCUGCUUACAUACGAGGACUGUGCGGUCUAUGUUGAUAAGCAUGGAGAAAUCAGCCGGACGCUGAUUAUGGAGUACUCGGGCAAGCAAAAGAAGGCAAAGGCGGCGACCAUGUUUGGACAAUACUUGCUAUUGUUCAAUGAUGAUUACGUGGAGGUGAGGAAUGCGGAGAAUGGGAGGUUGAGACAGAUCAUUGCGGGUAGAGAUGUGAGGUGUUUGGAUUACGGAUUUAGGGGGCCGACAGGAAGCGGCAUGGCAAACGGUCCUGGCGGUCUGCCACCCGGGCUGGUGGGAUCAGCUAAUGGCGGGCAGCCGGAUUCGAAGGGGACGGUCAAGAUUUGCAUGAGCCACCCUGAGGUUCCCGGCGGUCAGAUCGUGUUGGAGAUGUUGUUGAAUGAUGGGCACACGGAGAAGAGUGCGUGAGUUGGAUGACGAAGUGUAAUGAUGGUGUGGUUGUAUUGUUUCUUUUUUGUGUUUUAAAGUUACAAGUUGGAGACAGUAGAAAAGAAGGAUGGAACGGGGUACUUUGGAAGGGUUCCUCUUUUCCCUCAGACGUUUUAGUGUCAUGGUUUUUGUUUCUCGAAGAGGAUGGAUGGGUUUACCACAGAGGUGGGCCUUUACUGUCUUCAGUCGUCGGUUUUAUUCUAGUGAUUCCCCGGUUCUUCAUUUUUCAUAGUUAUCACAAUGCAUAAUAUUAUUUACUGCUACGAGAGCUUCGUAUU